AUGGUGACCGCUGACCGCGUCAAGAGGGUGGUGUUCAAUAGAGGUAUUGUAAAGGAACCUGAUAAGAGUGGUAAAAGUUAUGCUAUAUUUGCUAUAACUGUGAAACGUAAGGUACCAGACAGUGAAGAAGAGACAGUAACUGAUGUUUAUAGAAGAUAUAGUGACUUCCAUGAUUUACAUAUGUUAAUAACAGAAACUAUAUCCUUUAAUAAGCAUAAAAAUGCUGAGCGAAGCAGAAGGGAUGUUGGAGGCACGCAAAAACAUUUAUGGAAAAGACCAAUGUACUCUAAAACAAUUUGUUUGAAGGCAAAAUUAAAGUGUACUGAUUUGUAUCAUUGUUCAAAUGAGAAUAUUGAGGGACCAGAAAUUAACAGUAUUGAUGUAGAUAAUGAUGAUAGUGACAGUGAUAAUCCUGAUGUUUGA